AUGUACAUUUAUAUCUCCGCGGCGCUAUUCCUCUCUACGUCGGUGGUCCAAUGUGUCAGCAUCGUGUGGCGGAAUGGGACCUUCCGCCACGGUCCCGCCCGAGCCUUCGUCACUUAUGCUGAGGGCUCGGUUAAGAUCAGCAUUAGGCUUUCUCGGCCGCUGACGAUCCAAGCCGGACAAUAUAUCAACCUGUGGAUGCCUUCCGCGAGUUUCUCGUCCUUCCUGCAGAGUCAUCCAUUCGUGGUGACCUCCUGGUCGCCUGAAGAGCAAAUUCAACUGGAACUAUUUAUGGAACCUCGCCGAGGGCUUACUCGGGAACUCCUAUACCAUGCGCAGGCCCGUGAAAGGGGGGCCAAGUUUAGCUCUCGCUGGGUCCUGUUCAGUGGACCUUAUGGAAUUAGUGCCCUUGUGGGCGAGUACGAAAGCAUUCUUAUGAUUGUCAUCGGUUUUGGGAUGGCCGCCCUUCUGCCAUAUCUCUCACAAAUGAUCCAUAGGUAUCAAACUCGAAAAAUUUACACACGUCGAAUCCGCGUAAUCUGGCAGGUACAGCGAAUCGGUAAGCAAGGCCGAUGCAUCCAUACAAAUAAGACAAAGCUUACGAAUGUAAAGACUGCACUCGCGAUGCAACCAUUACUGAACAGUGCCUUGAAGGGCGACAGUCUGGACAAGAUUCUCUCCAUCUCAAUCUUUUCAACCUCUUUGAAAGAGGAAGAAGUCUCUUUUGGCCGCCGUGGCAUCGUUUACCGAGGCUCGGCAGACGUAACGGGUAUCCUGCGAGACGAGAUAGCCGUGAGGAAUACAGAGAACCAGUACAGAGAUAUUGAAGCCGCCCAAAUCGAGGCUGGACACAUACGAGAGGUCACAGGGAAGCUUCAGAGGGAGAAGGGAAAGAUGCUGGUGAUGGUAUCCGGAAUAUCAGCCCAGAGAAGGGUAGGCACGACGGCCGGAUUGGUGGUCGGUGUUUAUAUGUAG